GUUUGGACUGGAGUCAGCGUGGCGUUCUGCGAGAGACAUAGUGCCUUGGAUCUGUAAACUAUUGGAAGGAAAGUUCCUUGUUUACAAGGAGUCAUAGGUCAUAACCGCCCCCCCUAUCAGCCAUGAGCAGCAAACCCCAACCCCCUCUGAUGAAGAAGCACAGCCAGACAGAUCUGGUGAGCCGGCUGAAGACCAGGAAGAUACUGGGCGUCGGAGGAGAGGACGAUGACGGAGAGAUACACAGGUCGAAGAUCAGUCAGAUGCUCGGAAAUCAGAUGAGGUUUGGCGUACGAGAGCCAAUAGGCCUCAGGAUAUGGAUUCUCAUGUCUGCUGUUCUGUUCACAACCAUAGCCUUAAUAGCUCUAGUGUUCCCCAGUCAGCUCUAUGAGUUUGUGUUUGAGCUCAGGACCACCAGGAUCUCCAUCAGACUCUAUGGAGGAGCCCUACUCAGUGUCUCAUUGAUCAUGUGGAAAGGUCUGUACACAGCAGAGAAGGCCAUUAUCCAGUGGACCCUGCUGACCGAGGCCUGCCUCUUGUCUGUCCAGUUCCUGGGUGAGGGAUCCGUUGUUCUGUCCUAAUAUCCAUUUACUAACAACAAAACUAACGACUGUGGAGUAAG